AUGGACGAAGAUAAUACAUGGAUCGAAUACCUAUCCGUGGGAGCUAACAGACACACAGCCGUGGCGGACUGGAGCCAGGAUGGCUUGGUAGCUUUCGGUGCUGACUCUAACAUUGCCUUGUGGCGGCCUCAUGACUCGCAACCGAGAGGUGUGACAAGUCUCUUAUCAGGACACAAGGACACUGUGAAAGCCAUCAAGUUUCUCUCUAGAAGCGAGGGCGAGGGCGAGGGUGCUCAGCACCGAACAUAUCUUCUUAGCGGGGCUGACGACCACUGUCUGAAGAUAUGGUCUUUGUCACGCGAUGGUGUCACUGAGUGCAUCCAGACCUUACAAGAGCACACGGCAUCAGUAAAUUGCAUAGCAACCGUGUAUGAGCGGAAAGGAAGGAGAAGAAGUGACUCCUCUACCGCCACCAUUUUCGCCACAGGCGCUGCUGAUGCAUCGAUUAAGAUAUGGGCUUUUGACGGGAGAGAGGCGCGGGUGGUACAGACGAUCAACCCCAAGCCCAAGUUCUUCCCCUUGGCGAUAGCUCUUAGUAGGCUUGACGAAAGCGGCGAAGCUUUGGUCCUUGCCGCGGCAGGAACAAGAGAUAUAGUCCAGAUUUUUGUCGUUGAAUCAAUUGCGAACCCCGAGUUUCAGCUGCAGGCUACACUGACAGGCCACGAGGGCUGGAUCCGAUCGCUGGAUUUCACCUGGGAGAAGGAUAAUGAGGGAGAUGGCAUGGGUUCAGAUUUACUCCUGGCAUCUGCCAGCCAAGAUAAGUAUAUACGUCUUUGGCGACUGCACCAAGGCAAAGAGCUACCCGCGGCCGUAGCUAAUGGGGCUGAUCCCUCACUGGGCGCAUAUCUACCGGGAAAGUCUCCCUCCAACAAAGCCCACAGACUCAACACUGGUGGCAAAGAUUAUACUGUUACGUUUGAGGCUUUGCUUCUUGGUCACGAUGAUUGGAUAUACAGCGCGAAGUGGUAUACGAGCACGGAAACCGGGAGAUUACAACUUCUAUCGGCGUCGGCGGACAACACGCUCGCAAUAUGGGAAGCGGAUCCGUCAUCCGGAAUCUGGGUGACGAAUGUGCGACUGGGGGAGAUUAGCCGAGAGAAGGGUGCCACGACAGCAACUGGGAGUACAGGCGGGUUCUGGACGGGCCUUUGGUCGCCGGACGGCAUGUCGGUGACGUGCCUGGGGCGGACCGGUUGCUGGCGAGUAUGGAACUACAACAAAGACGAGGAUCAAUGGACGCCCCAGAUCGGCAUCAGCGGGCACACGAGAGCUGUGACAGGAAUAGCAUGGGCUAAGAACGGCGACUACCUACUCUCCACAGGUGCCGACCAAACCACACGACUGCACGCGAGCUGGAAACGGGACAACAACAGCACAUGGCAUGAAAUGGCCCGUCCCCAGAUCCACGGAUACGAUCUGAACUGCAUCGACUCUCUCGGAAGCUCGCAGUUCGUGUCGGGCGCCGACGAGAAGCUCAUGCGCGUCUUCGACGAGCCGAAAGCCGUAGCCAAGCUCCUAGGCCGACUCUGCGGGAUCAACGACAGCAGCACGGCCGUGGACGCGAUGCCCGACGCCGCGAACAUGCCGGUCCUAGGCCUCUCGAACAAGGCCAUCGAAGCAAUCGACGACGACGCGGAGAUAAGCACGUCCGCGAACCCGGAGACGGACCGCGAGGCGCUGGAUCCGGGGACGACGGUGCGCAAGUCGGCGCUCGAGAUCGACCACCCGCCCUUCGAGGACAGUCUCUCCCGGCACACGCUCUGGCCCGAAACGGAGAAGCUCUACGGACACGGGUACGAGAUCUCGUGUCUAGCCGUGAGCCACGCGGGCGACCUGAUCGCGAGCGCAUGCAAGGCAAGCUCCGUCAACCACGCCGUGAUCCGCAUCUUCGAGACGCGCAGGUGGACCGAGAUCAAGCCGCCGUUGACAGCGCACUCGCUAACGGCCACGCGCCUCCGGUUCUCCCCGGACGACCGGUAUAUCCUGAGCGUGGGGCGAGACCGGCAAUGGGCCGUCUUCGAGCGAGAAGAACAAGGUGUGCCAAAGAACGGAGACGAGGGCGAUAAUACCGCACCUGAAGACGCAGCGCCAAGCUACAAGAUACUCCAAGCGAACCCGAAGGGCCACACGCGCAUGAUCCUCGACGCUGCCUGGGCGCCCUCGCAGCCACAAGUCUCGUUUGCGACGGCAGGCCGCGACAAGUCGGUCAAGCUCUGGCGGCGCGGCGAAGGGGAGACGGAGUUCGCGUGCGCGGCGACGAUCGCGGAGACACACUCGGUGACAGCCGUCGACUUUCACCCGCGCCCGGACAAAGACGGCCGGUUCGUCCUCGCCGUCGGGACUGAAAUUGGCAAGAUCUCGAUCCACAUCCUAGACCCGAGGUCUCUGACGGCUGUUUCGAGUUUUACAUUACGAGCUGAGCUCUGCCUCGCAAAACCCGUUCUGCAACUCUCCUGGAGGCCGCAAACAGAUUCUAGCGAGCUGGCCGUGGCGGGAGACGACAGUUCACUAAGGAUAUACCGCAUCUCCGACGACGAGAAAUGA